AUGUCUGGUGAAAUGGAGUCCAAUGAUGUUGAAUAUGUGGCACUGGGAGGAGAAGGUUCAACUCCAAAGUUAGAGAAUUUCCACAAGGUUUCAAUCAUCCCUCUGAUCUUCUUGAUAUUUUAUGAGGUAUCAGGAGGACCUUUUGGUGUGGAAGACACUGUGAAAGCAGCAGGUCCAUGCUUGGCUCUUUUUGGUUUCUUGAUUUUCCCAUUCAUAUGGAGUGUUCCAGAGGCACUCAUAACUGCAGAAAUGGGCACUAUCUAUCCAGCUUUAGGAGGUGGUUUUCCAAGGAUAAUAGCAGUGUUAGUUUUAGUUUUAGCUCUCACUUAUAUGAACUAUAGGGUCUUAACCAUUGUGGGUUGGGCUGCAGUAUUGUUGGGAAUCUUUUCAUUACUUCCUUUCAUGGUCAUGGGAAUUAUAGCAAUUCCAAGAAUAAAACCAACUAGGUGGAUCAUGGUAGAUUUGAACAAAGUGAACUGGGGUUUAUACUUGAACACUCUCUUCUGGAAUUUGAACUAUUGGGACUCAAUUAGUACCCUUGCCGGAGAGGUGGAUGAUCCUGGUAAAUCCCUCCCAAGAGCUCUUUUCUAUGCUGUUUUGUUGGUUGUUUUAGGAUACUUUUUGCCUCUUCUGGUAGGAACUGGAGCUAUGCCAAUCAACCGUGAGCUAUGGUCUGAUGGUUACUUCUCAGAAGUUGCAAAAGCAAUUGGAGGGGUUUGGUUAAGGUGUUGGGUUCAAACAGCAUCUGCAUUGUCAAAUAUGGGGAUGUUUGUGGCUGAGAUAAGCAGUGACUCCUUCCAACUUUUGGGGAUGGCGGAACGAGGCAUGGUUCCUGAGUUCUUUGCUAAAAGAUCACCUUAUGGAACCCCUCUUGUUGGGAUUUUGUUCUCUGCAUCUGGGGUGGUUUUGCUUUCAUGGUUGAGCUUCCAAGAGAUAGUUGCUGCCGAAAACUUCUUGUACUGUUUCGGGAUGCUUAUGGAGUUUGUAGCAUUUGUUAAGUUGAGGAGGAAAUUCCCAUAUGCCAAGAGGCCUUAUAAAGUGCCUGUUGGAAAACGGGAGCCAUGUCUUCGUAAUAAGCUUCUCAGCUGUGAUCACAGGGCUUGUGUUAAGGCCUUGUUUGAAAUACAUGGAACAGAAAAGAUGGCUUAG